AUGGCGGAUUCUUACUUCUUCACCUUCAUCGUAAUUCUCCUAUCAUUAUCAUUACUACCAACAUCAACAAGAGCACAGGAGAUGGUCACAUCACCAGAGGAACUGGAUCUCCUCGUUAGGGACUACACGUUCAAGUCCUUUGGCAGCCGGAGAAGAAUCAAAACAGGGGAAAUUUACAAUGUAGACAUCCCGGCUAACCUCUCUGAUGGUGGUGUGAUCACGGCGAAUGCAGCGAGGUUCCGGUGUGGCAGCCUGAGGCGGUAUGGCGCCCGGUUCGAUGGAGUCAGACUACAGCGCGGCAUAAAGGUCCAGCCAUGCUUUCUGAGAGUGAUGGUGAUCACACAGAACUUGGGUCUCAAUUGGUCAUCCCUCUACUCAUCAAACUAUGACCUCUCUGGGUACCAAUUGGUGUCUCCAAUUUUAGGCCUUACUGUCUAUAAUUACAAUCCCAGCAGCAGCUACAACCCCAAUUCCAGCUACCCUCUAGAGGUUGGAAUCCGUUCUGGUCAAGGAAGCCCCCUCAUCACUAUCAGUUUCAGCAACACUACAAAUGAUCACAACAAUUCUUCUUGUGCCAUAUUUGAGAGGAGUGGGACGGUGAGCUUGACACAGCCUGUUUCUCCUCGAGUCUGUGAGUCAACAGUGGACGGCCAUUAUGGGUUGGUGGUGAAGCUGCCUCCAAUGGUGCCACCAGCUCCUGCUCCAGUAGCAGGAGGAGGUGGAGGUGGAGGCAAAGGCAAAGGCAUAUCAACCAAGCGGAAGAUGGUAGUAGGGUUCACCGUGGGGGCUGCGAGUUUGGUUGCGAUGUUGGCUGUUCUGGUGGUCAUUGGUAUGAUGGUUAAGAAGAAGAGGAGGAUUGCGGAGAUGGAGAGAAGGGGUUAUGAAGGUGAAGAUCUGCAGUUUGCUGUGGUUGGGAAUGUUAGAACUCCUGUGGCUGGUAGUACUAGAACUCUUCCCAGCCUUGAGCAUGAUUUCGUCCCUCGUAACAAUCCUUCCUCCAGAGAUUGA